CCCUCCGUCCCUGCCAGGAUUUACGCCCAUGCCCCCAUGAGAACUUGGGUCAUCAUAGGAGAACAUUGUUACAGCCUGCAAUAGCCCAGUGCUACAAGAUACAGAUAUCAAAUUUAAAGAAGAAAAAACACCCAACAGCAGAGUGUAUAUCUAAGGAGGAUAAGAACAAGCUGAAGAAGUGCCAGGAACCAUAAUUUACUUAUGCAACUUGAUAUGCUGACAAUGUUUGGAGCUGAGCCAUGUGGAUUCUCUGUGUCUGUCUGCCUUUUCCUUCUCUUCUUGGUUCUUCUGUACUGGUAUUCCACCUUCCCAUAUUCGGUCUUGCAGCGAUGUGGCAUCCGACACCCCAAACCGACUCCGUUCAUCGGGAACUUGAUGCUGUUUCGACAUGAUUGUUUCAAAGCUCAGAAGGACCUGAUCAACCAGUAUGGACGAGUAUGUGGUUAUUAUCUGGCCAGACUUCCAGUGGUGGUGAUAGCUGACCCAGACAUGCUCAGACAGGUUAUGGUGAAGGAGUUUCAUAACUUCCUAAACAGAGUGAUGUUUAGGACGGCUAGAAAGCCACUGUCGGACAGUCUGGUCAUGCUGAGGGAUGAACCCUGGAAGCGAGUGCGCAGCAUCUUAACGCCAUCACUCAGCGCAGCCAAGAUGAAAGAGAUGGUCCCUCUUAUCCAUGAAGCUACAGAAACAUUACUGAAGAACCUGAAGAAUUAUGCAGAGACUGGAGAGAGCUUUGACAUCCACAGGUGUUUUGGUUGCUUCACUAUGGAUGUAAUAGCAAGUGUGGCAUUUGGCAUGCAUGUGGACUCCCAGAACAACCCCAAAGACCCAUUUGUGCACUACGCCUCCAAGUUCUUUGCCUUCUCUGUUUUCAGUCCAGUCAUGUUCAUCUUCAUGACUUUCCCGUUCCUGAUUGGGCCGCUUCAUGGUUUGAUGAAAGAUACAGAUAGAAGUGAGGCGAACAAGUUCUUCACCAGCUGUAUUCAGAAACUUAUAAAACAGAGGGAUGAGUUGCCACCCAGCCAGAGGCGGAGAGACUUCCUACAGAUGAUGCUGGAUGUGAGGAGCAGUAAGGAGUGUGUGUCCCUCGAUCACUUUGACGUCGUCAAUCAAGCAGACGAGGAAGUUGUGCUUGACGGAAAGACAGAAAGCGGCCACAAGUCAAAAAGAAUAAUGACGGAGGAUGAGAUCAUAGGCCAGGCCUUCCUCUUCCUUAUCGCUGGCCAUGAAACGAGCAGUAACACGCUCUCAUUCAUUUGCUACCUGCUGGCCAUCCACCAGGACUGUCAGAAGAAAGUACACAGAGAGGUGGACGACUUCUUCAGCAGACACGGCUCAGUAGAUUACUCUAACAUCCAGCAGCUGAAGUAUUUAGACAUGGUGGUGUGUGAUGCUCUGAGAAUGUAUCCACCUGGAUUUAGAUAUGAACGGGCUAUCGAGCACGACUGUGUGGUGAAUGGACAGUCCCUGCCUAAAGGAGCUACACUAGAGAUCGCAGCAGGCUUCCUGCAUUAUGACCCAGAGCACUGGCACGAGCCGGAGAAAUUCAUACCUGAAAGGUUUACCCCCGAAGCCAAGGCCAGUCGACACCCUUUCGUGUACAUGCCUUUUGGAGCAGGACCUCGCAGCUGUGUGGGCAUGAGACUGGCCCAGCUUGAGAUAAGGAUGGCACUGGCCAACAUCUUUAAAUCAUUUAAUGUGGUGGCAUGUCAGGACACUGAGCUACACGGAAGAACAAAAUAUUAUCUUGGGACCAAUAUCAAGGAAUAACAGCAGAAGGAAUAAAAGGUGAG